AUGGAUGAAGAUAUUUUGGUAGCCGCCACUAAUGAAAACACAACACUUUUCAAUGACAGUGCUAAUGGAACUGAUGCCAAGGAUUCCGAGAUGGUGUCUACAGAGUGGGUAGUAUUUCUAUCUCUCCUGUAUUCACUGACCACUCUUCUGUCUAUCGUCGGUAACGUCUUGGUCGUCAUCGUUUUUGCACGCGGACGGAGAUCGCGGACAGACUUACGUCCGUUUCUCAUCAAUCUUGCCGUGGCGGACCUGAUCAUGGCGGUCUUCUGUAUGCCUUUCACAUUCGGAGAUACCAUCUAUAAAAGCUGGUUAUUCUCGGAACCAAUGUGUCCAAUUGUGUUGUUCAUACAAACGCUGUCUGUGUCCGCUAGUGUGUUCAUCAACGUGGCGGUCGGAGUAGACAGGUUCAUUGUUGUUGCCUUUCCUCUCUACUCCAAGGCGUCACAGGCCCGUUCAAAACAGGUCAUAGUGGCCACCUGGAUACUAUCUAUAAGUAUAGCAUCGGCCGUCGUGCCAUUUGCUCACACACAACGAAUAAGAAAUACCACCAGGAUCAAAUGUUCCGAGAUUUGGCCAUCGGUUCAGGUUCAAAGGUUCUAUUCAGUGGCAUUAUUUGUAAUAAUAUACCUGCUACCGUUACUGGUCCUGUCCGUAGCUUAUAGUAUCGUAGGAUUCGUGCUGUGGAAAAGGACGACGCCAGGAAAUCGGGAUCAAAUGAGAGACAUGUUACAACUGCGGUCAAAAAUAAAGGUUUUAAAGAUGCUUAUCCUGGUGGUCCUCAUGUUUGGGAUCUGUUGGCUUCCGCUCCACGUGUUCAUUAUGGUGGUGAACUUUAACCCGGAAAUACUUCGAUAUAAAUCAGCAGAUGAAGAACACUUCUAUCUCGGAAUGUACUUAGCAAUUCACUGGCUUGCGAUGUCUAACAGUUUCGCAAACCCUUUCAUAUAUGGAUUCUUCAACGAAAGCUUUAGGGCUGAUCUGAUUACCUUGGUGUACACUUGGUUUCCUUGCUGUGUAUGUUUGAAAAAUGCAGUGCCCGUGUCUUCAAGCGCCCGCGGGACGGACUAUCAAACGUUUAUACGACAUAGAAGUAGUGCUCGGAGUACUUCUUCCAGUUCAUGGUCAUCUAAGCAGUCCUCUUUACGGUCUAUGGCUAGCUGUGGCAGUAUAACGACCUCCGAAGGAAAGGGAACUCCGAGAGACACAUGUCUCAGGAACAAUUUAUUGAGGAAGAAUUCUGUCCUCCUUGACGUCAUAAGUAUCCAGGCCAAAUCAUCCAAGAAUAAUGGCCCUCGAGAUGACGUGUGA